AUAUGCUUCUGUCUUCUGGGUUAAGUACUUGUUAACACACUAUACAUGAUCAAUUCAGAGAAGCAAGCACGAUAUUCGAUCAUAGGGUCUGACUCUCGUUAAUUAAUUCACUGCUCGCGCUUUCAUGGACGAACAUCCCCACCAGGAUUCAGGACAUGAACUUCAUAAUCUAGCCUCCUCUGACCUCUCAAACUCUUCUAAUCAACUAGCGGAUGAAUCAAAACGGUCUGUGAGAAUCAACAGCCAUGCCGCAGUGAUUCCACCACCAGAAAAUGUGUCCCGCACUCAACAAGACGAUCUUGAGAGCACGGUUACCAGCCAAGAUGAGACAUCAGCUAAUGCUGAAAGCCUCUGGAGGGCGCACACAAAAGGCGAACCGGUUGGCGAUCAUACUAUAGAAGCUCCCUUUGCAGAUAGCGAGAAAUACUCUGUGUCAAGCAGUACACAGGGAGGGAUCUUUUAUCAGUUGCUCCAGGCUUACAAGAACCCUGACCGGCGUGCGAGUGACAGCCCAGUUGCAUCGACUCCUCCUAGUCCUCGCAACAGACCCGGUUCGUCGGGUAGAUCAACGCCUCGCAAGAAGUGGUACGAGCAUGAGAAGAGCGGUACUUCUCACGAGACACUUGCUACCCUUGUUGGAGCGUCCAAACAGCUGGCCAAUCCAAACAGCAAAGACCCAAACUUGGAUGGAAAGCCGCGUCUCCACCACAAACGUAAUAGUAGCGGGAACAUCAUUGCGAAAGCCCUGAAACCGAAAGAAGACCAGGACACAAAGAUAAAGUUCCAUGUCGCAAGCAUUCUGAAGCGACAGCAGUAUUUGAUUCGAAUGUGCCGCGCCAUGAUGCUUUAUGGAGCUCCAACUCAUAGGCUUGAGGAAUCUCUAGCGCAAAGUGCAAAGAUUCUCGACAUCAACAGCCAGUUCCUCUACAUACCGGGAUGCAUGUUCAUAUCUUUUGACGACUAUUUGACUCACACCGCCGAGGUCAAAAUUGUUCGAUGCAAUCAGGGCGUCAAUCUUUCGAAGCUCAAGGACACACACGAAAUCUACAAGGAGGUCCUCCACGACAUUAUAGGGCUUGACGACGCAUUGUCUCGUCUUGACGAGGUCAUAAACGCGAAAGACAGAUAUCCUCUCUGGUUAAACGUCAUCAUGUAUGGACUCGCCAGCACUGCAGUUUCUACGUUCUUCAAGGCUCGACCCAUCGACCUGCCGAUUUGUUUUCUCCUUGGGUUGCUUCUGGGCAUCCUGCAGCUUGUGGUUACCCAAAUUUCAAAAACGUACAGCACGAUCUUUGAGAUCACCGCGACUAUCCUAAUCUCCUUCCUUGCCAGAGCUUUUGGAAGCAUACGUGGUGGUAGCGUUUUCUGCUUCUCAGCUCUCGCGCAAAGCGGAAUCGCCAUGAUCCUCCCCGGAUUUCUUGUCUUGAAUUCCGCUUUGGAACUUCAAUCAAAAGCAAUUGUCCCAGGCUCCAUCAGGCUCGUCUAUGCUAUUCUCUACAGCUUGUUCCUCGGCUACGGCAUAACAGUUGGCACAGCCCUUUACGGAGCCAUGGACAAGAAUGCGACCACAGCAACGACCUGCGAAAAUCCUCCAUCUUCUUACUGGAACUUUCUUUUUGUUCCCCUUUAUGUCGUAUUCGCUUGCUUCACCCUGCAAGCGAAGUACACUCAGAUGCCGGCCAUGGUCCUGGUUUCAUUUUGCGGUUAUGUUGUCAACUUUUACAGCAACAUGAAAUUUAGCGCCUCUGCUCCUAUAGCAUACACGUUUGGCGCGUUCGCUGUCGGAGUGAUGGCAAACCUCUACAGCCGAAUACGCCAUGGAGUAGCUGUGACCAUUCUCCUUCCAGCAGUCUUCGUACAGGUUCCAGGCAGCCUUGCAUCUAGUGGAAGCAUUGUAGCUGCUCUCAACACUGCCAACUCUCUCAUCAGAGGAUCUGAACAGUCUACAAAUUCCAGUGAGAAUCUUAAUUCGCUCAACGCUAUCGUCUUCAACUUUGCGGGAGGAAUGAUCCAGAUCUCACUGGGGAUCACAGUUGGCUUAUUCUUCUCUACGCUGCUCGUAUACCCUCUCGGAAAGAGACGCAGUGGGCUUUGGACGCUUUAAUUUUUGUGCAAGGGGAUGCAUAUUCACACCUCCCAUAUCUCGUGAGCACGUCGGUCGUAAUAUUCAAUACGACGAAGCCUGACGAGACUUUUUGGCUCCCCUAAAGCUGUUAGACAGCCUCCAUUCAUGUUGAGUUGGCUCAAAUUUAUUGCCUGAGGUUGUUUCUUACACGCGCCCUGAUUUCAGCCUCUAUAGAUCGAAAGGCUAAACGUCGAAUUCAGACGUGCUAUUGCGCUAGAAACGCGCCUCAGCCUGAAAGUUGAGACUGAGCGCCGUUUAUUGUACAAAUAACUUGAACCGCUGACUGUUGACGUAAGCAUUGCAAACUGAGCAUGACUGUAACAUAUCGAUUCACUUGAUAUUAAAGAUCGAUGUCACA